CUGCUCCUUCACUGCCUCACGCAUUGUGCUGUAGCUCCUUUGUGCCGAACGGUAGCGAAAGAGGUAAACAAAUAAACACAUUUAUUUAACGAAAUAAACAACAAGCAGCAUCUGCGAGGUUGUGUAAAGGAGAGGCCACUGUCUUCCUCCAUCAUGCUGUCGAGUAAGAAAGACUCCGCCCCCUCCUCCUCUUCUUCCUCGGGCGGUAAUGGAGUUGAUCGUACAUUGGACGCUGCUGCUGGCUCCGCUCCUGGCCCUGCUGGCCCCGCCCCCGGCCCUGCAGAGGUGAAGAAGAAGGAGAGGGCGUCUCCAAGUGGGGAGGGGGGCGGCCCGCCCCUUCCACACCCCCCUGGUCCAGGGGGUGUUGACCAGGACUCCGCCGAAGGACGGAGGACCAGCCGCCGAAAACGAGCCAAACAGGUGGAGUACAGAGAGAUGGACGAAAGCCUGGCUAACCUGUCGGAGGACGAGUAUUAUUCAGAGGAGGAGAGAAACGCUAAAGCAGAGAAAGAACGAAAACAGGUGCUGCCCCCACCCGCCCCACCAGUGGAGGAGGAAAAUGACAGUGAACCAGAUGAACCAUCAGGUUUAGAGGGUGCGGCCUUCCAGAGCCGCCUCCCACACGACCGGAUGACAUCACAGGAAGCAGCCUGUUUUCCUGACAUCAUCAACGGGCCGCAGCAGACACAGAAGGUUUUCCUGUACAUCAGGAACCGCACGCUCCAGCUGUGGUUAGAUAACCCGAAAAUCCAGCUCACCUUCGAGUCCACGGUUCAGCAGCUGGAGGCUCCGUAUAACAGUGAUGCUGUCCUGGUGCACAGAAUCCACAGUUACCUGGAGAGACAUGGCCUCAUCAAUUUCGGCAUCUACAAACGGGUCAAACCUCUACCCAGUAAGAAGACGGGGAAGGUGAUUGUGAUUGGUGCAGGUGUGUCUGGUUUGGCGGCUGCAAGGCAACUGCAGAGUUUCGGCAUGGACGUCACCGUGCUGGAGUCCAGAGACCGUGUUGGAGGAAGAGUGGCCACCUUCCGUAAAGGGAAUUAUGUAGCAGAUCUGGGGGCGAUGGUGGUGACCGGCCUGGGUGGUAACCCCAUGGCUGUUGUCAGUAAGCAGGUGAAUAUGGAGUUGGCCAAAAUCAAACAGAAGUGCCCCCUUUAUGAGGCCAACGGCCAGGCAGGAGAGCGAUGCACAAGUGUCCCAAAGGAGAAGGAUGAAAUGGUGGAGCAGGAGUUUAAUAGACUGCUGGAGGCCACGUCCUACCUCAGCCACCAACUGGACUUCAACUUCCUCAAUAACAAACCUGUCUCUCUGGGUCAGGCACUGGAGGUGGUCAUACAGCUGCAGGAGAAACAUGUGAAAGAUGAACAGAUUGAGCACUGGAAGAAGAUCGUAAAGACUCAGGAGGAGCUCAAAGAGCUGCUCAGCAAGAUGGUGGCCGCUAAAGAGAAGGUGAAGGAGCUCCAUCAGCAGUAUAAGGAGGCCAGUGAGGUGAAGCCCCCCAGAGACAUCACAGCAGAAUUCCUUGUCAAGAGCAAACACCGUGACCUCACUGCACUCUGCAAGGAGUACGAUGUGCUGGCUGAGCAGCAGGCCAAACUGGAGGAGAGAUUGCAGGAGCUGGAGGCAAAUCCACCCAGUGAUGUGUAUCUGUCCUCCAGAGAUAGACAGAUAUUGGACUGGCACUUUGCUAAUCUGGAGUUUGCUAAUGCCACUCCUCUCUCUACUCUCUCCCUCAAACACUGGGACCAGGAUGAUGAUUUUGAGUUUACAGGAAGUCACCUCACUGUGCGGAACGGUUACUCCUGUGUCCCUGUGGCUCUGGCUGAAGGUUUGGACAUCAAACUCAACACAGCUGUCCGCCAGGUGCGCUACACAUCCUCAGGCUGUGAGGUGAUAGCAGUGAACACUCGCUCCACCACUCAGACGUUUAUCUAUAAGUGUGAUGCGGUGUUGUGCACUCUGCCGUUGGGGGUGCUGAAGCAGCAGCCACCUGCCGUGCAGUUCGUUCCUCCACUGCCCGAGUGGAAAACGUCUGCAAUCCAGAGAAUGGGCUUCGGAAACCUCAACAAGGUGGUGCUGUGUUUUGACCGUGUGUUCUGGGACCCCAGCGUGAAUCUGUUUGGUCAUGUGGGGAGCACCACGGCCAGCCGUGGAGAACUGUUCCUCUUCUGGAACCUCUACAAAGCCCCCAUCCUGUUGGCCCUGAUGGCCGGAGAAGCUGCUGGCAUUAUGGAGAACAUCAGUGAUGAUGUCAUUGUGGGCCGUUGCCUAGCGAUCCUGAAGGGCAUUUUUGGUAGCAGUGCAGUCCCUCAGCCAAAGGAGACGGUGGUGACACGCUGGCGUGCAGACCCUUGGGCCCGCGGGUCAUAUUCAUACGUGGCAGCCGGCUCCUCUGGAAACGACUACGACCUCAUGGCCCAGCCAAUCACACCUGGACCUGCUAUACCUGGAGCUUCACAGCCGGUUCCUCGUCUCUUCUUUGCCGGAGAACACACAAUCCGGAACUACCCGGCGACGGUGCACGGCGCCCUGCUGAGCGGACUGAGAGAGGCUGGCCGAAUCGCUGACCAGUUCCUGGGAGCCAUGUACACACUGCCCAGACAAAACACAAACACAGCCAACACGCAGCCGUCGCCCAGCGUUUAAACGAACACAUACAACUGCACAGAUACGCCCACUGAUCACCUCCAGAAUGCAGACUCCGUCAGCACUGAACCUGAACUACAGCUCUGACAUACUGUACAUACAGACAUACACACACACACAGUCCUCAGCUAACAUGCCAAUACAGAUACAUACACACACAGUACUAUGUAAAAGUCUGAGGUGCCAGUCCGUUGUUUAAACAUUCAUCAGGGCAGUAAAUUUGUUUUGAAUUUCUUGUUUUAAAAAAUAAGUUAUUUUGUGAGCUGGUUAGAACUUGAUUUAAUCUAAAGGUGUUGAUUAGAUAAAUUAGGUAUUGGAACUACAGUGAAUUCUGGGCUUCCUCCAGGAGAGGGCAGUAAAUGGUUAAACACAUUAUUUGUAUUUAAUCUAAUAUUAAUGUUUUGCUGGGCAAAUCAACAGUUACUGCCCAACAGCUCGCAGGUGCCUAAAACAUUUGCACUGUCCUGUGUAAUGUUUCUGUCAUUACCCAAAAUUUCCCAAAACCUUACAGUAGAAGAAAAAAAAAAAAGUUUUGGAGAAUUUCUGUUGCUCCAUUCAUCAUGAAAUUUAUUUCUGUAUAUACUCGUGUGUGUGCAUGUUCAGUCAUUACCGAUCUCCAAGUAGAAGCUGGCGUUUAAGGGAAGCUCUGGCUUCCCCACGCAACUUCCUUCUGCGUAUUUCCUGGAAAAUUUCCUAGGUAAUUAAAUUUCCAGGAAGGUUCCCAAUGACCUUUAUACAGGUUAGAGGUCACUUCUCUCCUUCGAUGGCUGUAUAUUAGUGAGGAUUAGAAACGUUGAAGCAGAACUACAGCAGAACUUCAUGAGGAACAUGCAUACUACACACUUAAACUCACAGAAUAGAUGUCGUUGCGUACUCGCCAUCAUGCUAAUAAUAGGAACUCUUGAGUCUGAACUAGAAAAUAAACUGAGGUUUUGACAGCUGCUGCUGUCGCACCGUUUAGUAAACAUGUUCUAGACCUGAUACGUUUUGCCACAUGUAUCUCUCUAGAUCCUCUGAAUUAUGAGAUCAUUAUGGAGCCAAAAUAUGAUUACUGCUACAUGUGAGCUAACGCUGCUGCGCACUGAACUGACAUCAUAAGACUGACCUCACCAAAAUGCCCCACAGACUCUGUCUGGUGUUUAGGCUGCAGUUUGAGGAGCUGCUGUCAGUAUAUAACAGUGUUGAAGUUCAGUUGAUGUCAUUUUGGCGUACGCUUGGAUGCAGCAGUGAUUUGUAUGAAAAAACGUAUCAGCUGUGGAACGUCGUUUAUCGCAGGGUGAGAGUUUUUCCCCAUAGAGAUAAACAGCUUUGACGUAGAACUCCUAAAACGGACUAGUCUUGCGAGGCUGGCUGUGACCACAUAACAAGAAUACACAUCGGGGGACAGCUCGUUAAAGUUUUAGUGCUGGAUUGUGCCGCUAACAAGGACACACACCCUCUAAACUCCACCUCUAAAUUCCUCUAGCUCGGCUCUUUUAACAUCUAGGAUAAGAUCAGUAAUGCAAGCUAAACAAGCUAGCUAGCAAAAUGCUAUCGUUACCUUACAGGACUGUUUUUCUUGUUAUAUCUAAUAUUAUUAAUGUGUUCUCUGCACACACGACUGUUUAAUUGGAGUGUCUGGAGGAUCACGAGGUUGUAGAGUGUCUCGUUUCCCAUUUCGCCGACUGGUGUGCUAACUAGCGCCCUCUAUGCACCCUUACUACGGCCUUCGGUGAGGACUGCAGCGCACAGAUUUAGCAGUGGCCUGUUACCCAGUUAGCUGUAAGAUACAGAUGAGAGCCAGUCAGAGUGGAGAGUUUUGUUUACAGCUGUCUGACCAACAUAGUGGAAAAGGAACAUGUUCAGAUGCGAGUAAAAUGUGAGUAAAUGUUGCUUGUAAUCUGAACUGAGCCUCUAUAGAGAAACAACUUAAAAACACCACUAUGACCGACAAGUUUCUUUAGCUGUAUUUUGGGACUAGGCUAAUGUUGUCAAGCUCACUGUCGCCUCCUAGAGUAAGCUCCACUUUCAGGAGGCUUUGGAUUGGAUUUGAAAUUUCACUCUCAGUUGGUUUCCACCUUAAAUACCACAUUUAAGCCCACAUUUAGCCCAAAAUUACUCGUGGUUGUCCCCAGAAGUUCUUGUUAUGAGACCACGUCUCGCUCCACGAGAUUGAAUAUGGUCAAGCUGCAUAUAGAAUAGUAUACAGUGGUUGUGCAUGUGCAGUCUGUAUGGCCUGUUUACACUGAGGACAGAGGUAGCGGUCAGUUGGGUCCGUGUCCAGCAGAAAUGACCAUUAAAUCCUAUUAAAGUGCUGUGAAUGCCUGCAGACAUCCUGCUUGCUUGAAUGAGUUUCGUCUGAAACGCUAACAGAACUUCAGAGAGUUUCAGCCCUGAUUAAAGGGACAGUUUGAUCUCUGCUGAAUCUGCAUCGUAUGAAAAAUAACGUCAACACGUUUCCGUCAGCUUAGAAAACCUGUUUACUUCGUACAUGCGUGUACCAGCAGUCAGUGGGCAGAUGCUGACUGAUAAACGCUGGAGUUUUCCUUUGAGUGUAAUUUAGUUUGACGCUGAGGACGAAAAAGUACGGAAACACAUUCUGCCACUGGAAAAAAGAAAAAGCAGUAUGUUGUAAAAAUGAGAGUUUUCCAUAAUUAUAACUUGGUGUCUCAUAAUUAUGAGGUUUUAUCUUGUAAUUAAGACUUAGUAUAUCUUAUUUAGGACUUGGUGUCUCAGAUAUCCUGUCUCCUAAUUAUGACUUAAAACAUGACUUAUUAUGACUUAAAAUCUCAUUAUUAUGACUUAAUAUCUCAUUUAUGACUAGAGAUCCUAGUAUCUCUUAAUCUUGAGAAUUCUGAGAUAAUGAGAUAGUAGGCCAUAAUUGAGAUACUAAGCCACAGCUAUAAUAUAGUAAGUCAGUUAUGACAUAAUAUCUCAUUGUUAUGGGUUAGUAAGUCAUAAGUAUGGGAAACAUUCUCAUUAUUAUUAGAUCUACGUAUGUCUUUUUAUUUUUAAGUGGUGGAAAAGGGCCUCCAUAAUAAAGUGUUUGUGUGGAAGCUGAUUUCGGCUGAUCUCCGUAAUUUUUCUUUUAUGUUGCUGUUUAGAUCAGUUUAGUUGAGAAUGGAGAAACAACAGUAGCUUGUUAAAGUUUUUUUCUUGUUGAAAGAUGAAAAAGUUGUUUUGCUUUAAGCUGAAGGUUUUUUUUUCCUGUAUCUUUA